CCAAGCCAUUCGGCGAGAGCUCUCUCGAGGAAGCCUACCUCCAUGACGCUCCUCUUCCGCCUCUCUCUCCUCCUCCUCCUCGCCCCGCUCGUCCCCACCGCCACGUCCCACUCCCACCACCACCCGCCCGUGGGAGGAGCGGCGCCGCGCCGCCACCACCGCUCCGCCGCGAACACGGCCACCGCGAUCUUCUACACCGCGCCCUCCAUGCACCAGAACCACGCCGAGGCCGAGGAGGGCCAGUCGCUGCACGUGCUCGACCCCUUCGUCGUCGCCGCGGCCGCCGAGGCUCCGUCUGGGGAGGGCGCCAUCGCGGCGGUGGGAGCGGCGGCGGAGGAGGUGAAGCCCACGCUGGUCGACUCCCCGACGCAAGCGGCCGCUCCGCCUCCUUCUCCUCCUCCUCCUCCCCCUCCUCUUCCUCCUCCUCCCUUCACCGCGCCGGAUCUGGACUCCGCUGCGCCGUCGCAGCCGCAGGAGGAGGGCGUGGAGGGAUACGCGUCGGCGACGGCUCCUCCGCCACUCGACGAACCUGCUUCUAGUUCUACCACGACCACGACCAGGACGACGCUUCCGCUCGCCAGGUACCGCCACCCCGGGAUCGUGGGCUCGGGCGACGAGCAGCGCCUGGAGCAGCUCGCGAGGGUGCUCGCCUCGCUCGGGUACAACGAGAUGGCCUCAGCGGCGCCGCUCCUCCGCGACUCCGAGUUGCUCGUGAUGUGGCCAGGGGCGAUCACCGUCUUCGCGGCUCCUGACGUCUUCCUCCACGCCUCUUGCCCCAUGUGCUCGCACCACCACGUCCUACUGGAGCACAUCGCCCUGGGCUACUUCCCCUACUCCGACCUCACAACCGCUCCCACCGCGAAGCUCCCCUCGGCCUCCCCGGGAUUCUGCCUCAACCUCGCCUCCGAGCGGGGGCCGUUCGCCAUCCACCACGCCAGGCUCUACGUCGACGGCGUCGAGGUCUCGCACCCAGAGCUCUACAACGACGGGCGCUACGUCGUGCACGGCCUCCACGGCGUCCUUCCGCCACUCUCCCACGGCUCGUGCUCCCACGGCUGGCACCACCGCCACCACUACAACCACCACCACCACAUCACCACCAGUUCGGCUGCGACGUCCGCCUCCGUGUUGCGCAUCAUGAUCCGAGAGGCCAUCGCCCGUCUCCGCGACGGCGGCUACGGCUUCGUGGCGUUGGCCAUGCGCGUCAAGUUCGCCGAGCUCGAGAAGUUGACGAACAUGACGGUGUUCGCGCUCGACGACCAGGCCAUCUUCGUCGGCGGCGGCCACGACUACGUCUCCGCAGUCCGCUUCCACAUCGUCCCCGGGCACCGCCUCACCCACGCCGACCUCCAGCGCCUUCACCCCGGAACGAUGCUCCCCACGCUGGCCGGCCAGGGCCAGGACCUCGUCGUCACUCAGGGCGCGGUCGGCUCCGGUUCCGGCCCCAACGACGUGCGCAUCAACUACAUCCCCAUCAGGGACCCCGACGUGGUGAUGAACUCGCGCAUCGCCUUGCACGGCGUCUACGUCCCGUUCCCGCGCCUCCACCUCGCCAACCUCGCUGCCGCGGUCGCCGUCGCAUCCACCAACGGCACGGCCUGUGGCGUCAGGGGCCCCUUAGGCGACUGCGCCUCCGCCGCGGCGACCUCUACCGCUGUUCCGGCUGCUCAUGGCUACGGCGAAGGGCAGUGAUCGAUCGCGUGAGUCCGUCUCUUUCAUCUUUGCUUCUAGCUAACUAGGAUUUAGCACCUGGCAGUUCGGUUUGUUCUGUCUCUGAUUAGGGUGAGUAAAGUGCUGCGAGAGAGACAUGUCAUGCUACUGCGCGUACGGUUUCAUGCCUUGGAUCGGCUACUGCUUUGAAAUGCAUGAGAUCUUGAUAGAGUUUUCAGCGGCUUCCGUUUGAGAAUUUACAGAAUCUCGUUUCUGUUUGUUGAUCUGGUUGCUCUGUUUUUAUCGGGUACGCUGCUUGCCUUGAUGUGUUCUAGAGCUAGUGGUGGUUAAUUCUGCUUCGUAUUAA